AUGGGGCCAAUUGUCAUCAACUCCGAAUCUGAUGAUGAAUAUGCGUAUAAAAAAAGGAAAAUUAAAGUGUAUGAAAUAAAUAGUGAAGAUGAACUUUUGGAAGUGAUUUCUGAUAGUGAGGAGGAGCCUACCACCGAGAUCCAGAAGUCUCCACAUAAUUUACCUGAUGAUGUUCCACGUGAUGAUGUUCCACCUGAUGAUGUUCCACGUGAUGAUGUUCCACCUGAUGAUGUUCCACCUGAUGAUGUUCAUGAGAUGCUGGAUCUUGGUGAAAAUCUCAAUCAGCCACCAAAUAAUUCUGAGAAUAACCUAGAAAUUAGAAAUCAAGUAUUGUCAACUACUGAAGAGCCCAUACCUGUGGCAGACCAACCAAGGAAAAGGAAACGUAAAACAAAUAACAUAUACACAUUACCUGAUGAUACUCCACGAUACAUUGCUAUGUCAUCUUCAGAGGACUCUGAUGUAGACGAAGAGGAAAUGUAUGCGACUGGCUACAUGGAACGCAAUCGUAUUUACCUUUGCAGGAGAACGAGAUGUCAAAUACCCGACUGUUUCUUCCUUGACAUUGAAAAAUCAAAACGGUAUUCAGGAAGGAAUUUCAAGAGAAAUAGGGAUGAACUGGUUCAGAGAAUCUACAGGCUUCUUAACAACUCUGUCUUCGAUCAAAAGCUACCCGAGAAAAUGGAAAUCAUCUGGAACAAAAAACUACAGAAAACAGCUGGCUUAUGUUUUACUAGUGAGGGACUUCAUCCAGAGAGGAAGCCCUGUGCCAAGAUCGAGAUUUCUGUGAAAAUAUGUGACUCUGCAGACCGACUCCGAGACACUCUGAUCCAUGAACUAUGCCAUGCAGCUGCCUGGAUAAUUGGUGGCAGUAAGGUAUCUCAUGGAGCUGUGUGGAAGUAUUUCACUCGCAAGGCCAACUGGAUACACCCGGAGGUGCCCUUGGUGACCCGAUGUCAUAAUUUUGAUAUUAACUAUAAGGUUUAUUAUGAAUGCAAACAGUGCAAAGCCAGGAUUGGCCGCUACACCAGAUCAUUAAACACCAAGUACUUCGUCUGCAGUUUGUGCCAGGGCCCUCUGGUUUUGCUGCCGCUCACUCGGAAAGAUGGAACCCCCAUUCAGCCUCAUGUGAGACCAUUUAGCAAAUACGUGCAAGAGAAUUAUAGGACAGUGUUCCUGGAAACGGGUCUUAAUCAUAGCGAAGUAAUGCGAAAGCUUAGCCGGGAUUACGCUGCCAGCAAACAAAAGAAAAAUUGUUAAGGCUGCCUGAGAGUAUGUUUCUGCCACAUUAAAAUAAUUACUUUCACUCUUUUUUGUUUUACUUAUGUAUGU